AUGCCUUUUUCCACCGAUGGAGUGUAUCAUAUCAGAAACACCGGCAGAAACCUCAUGCUCGACCUGACGGGCAACAGGACCACUGAAGGCAACCAGAUCCAAGGCUACACCCCAAAUGACAGCACGGCUCAACAGUGGGUGAUCAAGAGACAAAACGAGCCAGGGUCCGCCAACAUGACUGUCAGCAUUCAGUCCAACAACGAAGGCAACAAUGGUAAUGGAUGCUUUGCUACUGCGAGUGAGGAUUCGGAUGAACCAGUCAUUUAUACCAGGCAGGCGUUUCUCAUUAACCUUGUUGGACGCGCGGACAACACUUUUACUAUGUGCUAUACUCUCGGGAACAAGGACCUGGUGCUAUCUAUUCCAAGUGCAAAGGACGGUGCAGUGAAACUCGAGAAUUACGAGAAAUCAAGUGCCCGCCAGCAGUGGGAACUCACCCGGGUUUCUAAUCUCCAGCCAAUUGGCAACUAG